UGCUUAUCCAUCAACAUCUCGUAAUCGAUAAUCGAAUUUCACUCGUAUCGAUUAUUUCUUGCUAAUUAGUAAUUCACGAUCGAUAGUUACUUCGAUAUACGCGGCGGGAAUAUUGAAACAUCGAGACACGCGUGAGUGGAAAUCGAAUUACCGAUGAAAAUAUUGCCAAUAAUCGGAAAAAUAAGUCAAGAACGCGCCGCGAAAAAAAUAAAUUUAUUUUCCUCCGUUAUUAGUAUUCAGUUAAUAUUUUCUGUUCAUGGUUAAUAUUAUUGUAUAAAAAGUACCGGAGCGCCGAACGAUGGUAUCAGUUUGAUCGGUCAAUCAACAACGAACCAAACAAUGGCUUUAAAGUUAGUACUAUUUUUCGCCGCCAUGGUACUCGCCAACGCCGCGCAAAAUCCCGGAUUGGAAUCCGACCCGAAUCCCAACUACUCCUACUCGUACAACGUACAGGAUAAGACAACAGGAGACAACAAAAACCACCUGGAGAACAGAAACGGCAACGUCGUCAGAGGCCAGUACAGCUUAGACGACCCAGAUGGUACCAGAAGAACGGUCCAAUACACAGCCGAUCCGCUCAACGGAUUCGUCGCCAUCGUGAAAAAGGAACCGCUAGUAGCCGUACAACAACCGGUACAACAACAACAACAAUUCUUCGCGCCGUUGCAACUGCAACAACUUCAAUUACAACAACCGCUAUCCUUGUACCAAGAGCGCCUCUACAUAGCCCAACCCGCCGUACAACAACAACAACAACAACCGGCUCAGAAACUACAAUCCCAGCGACAACAAGCCGACCGCGAAGACGUCGAAACCACGACCAUAGAAGCAGAAGAACUGGAACCCACCACCACGGAAGCAGCGCCUCCAUCGAGCGGGUACUACUACCCCAAACCGGCCAAACCUGCGGCUCUCUUCGCCAAAAAAGAACCGUCCAGCAGCAGGAGAACUACCCCCGGCAAAGCGGAGAAACUGGAACUCGAAGAGCCGAUGCAGGCCAAUCCUGCGGUCGCUCAAAGAGGUUCAGCGCCGGUUUCGGUGCAAUAUUUGAGCGCUCCGUACGUACAACAGCAGCCCAUCAUCGCUCUAUCGUCGCCCUACAGCUACAGUACCCUCACAGUAUUCUAA